UUCUCUCUUUCUCUCUACACAUAAUUAUACGUAUACGUAUACGUAUGGGAAGGCACCGAACCACGAACUCACAAGCAUUUGAUUUUCACCUUUUCUCUUUCUCUAAUAAGAUGCCAAAAUCAAAAUCUAAAUCCAUCAAAGAAAUGAGCAAGGCCUACAAAUGCCUUGUAUCCAAAAAGCACCACGACAAGAAAGAAGAUGAGGGGAUAACAGCACACCAAAGAUUUGUGGAGAAUGAUGAUAAAAAAAGAGUGGAUGAAGAUAUUUGGAGUCCAAAAUUUUUGUCAAGGGUAGCAAGCAGAAGAUCCAAGACACCAACACCACAAACAAAGUCCCUCUUUAGAAUUGGAAGCCGGCGUUGCACCACGCCAACGCCGACCUCCCUAUCAAGAAGUUCUAGCCCCAGCAAGAACAUCAAUGAUAACGAUGAUAAUAAUAAUAAUAACAAUAAUAAUAAUAGUAGUAGUAGUGGUAAUAAUAAUAAUAAUAAUGUGUUACCAGAAAUUAGUUCAAAUCCUCUAAAGAGGAUCUUGAGCAGAAGAGGAACCACAUCAGGUCCAUUGUUAAGGAGCAAUAGCAAAUUGGAAAUAUCAGGGCCAGAGUUGAUAUACCAUGCAGGAUCUCAUCGUCAUGGUGCUUCUUCUAUAAUCAAUGAUAUGGGAAUGUGGAUUCCUGGGGAUUCUGAAAAUGUUCCUGAAGUGUCGGUGUCAAGCAAUCUGAGCCGUAGAUUGACAACACCUAUCUUAUUUUCACAGACAACAGUUAGAAGGAAACCACCAGAAGUUGAGAAGAUCAUAGAGUGCACACUUGAGGACUUGUGCUUUGGAUGCACCAAAAAGAUUAAAGUUACCAGAGAUGUUAUCAAACAUCCCGGGGUAAUGGUCCAAGAGAUUGAGAUUUUAAAGAUUGAAGUGAAGCCGGGAUGGAGAAAAGGAACAAAGAUAAAAUUUGAGGGAAAGGGUGAUGAGAAACCUGGAUACCUCCCUGCUGAUAUAGUGUUCAUAAUUGAAGAAAAGAAACACAAUUUGUUUAGAAGAGAAGGCAAUAAUGACUUGGAAAUAUGUAUUGAGAUUCCUCUAGUAGAUGCACUCACAGGGUGCUCUUUACCAAUUCCUGUAUUAGGAGGGGAGAAGUUGACUUUGUCAUUUGAGAAUACUGUUGUAUAUCCUGGAUAUGUGAAGGUUAUUGAAGGUCAUGGCAUGCCAACCCUUAAAAACGAUGGGAAAAGAGGUGACCUCCAUGUCAAGUUUCUAGUUGACUUCCCCAAAGAAUUGAGUGAUGAACAACGGCAAGAAGCUUUUAGAAUCUUAGAAAAUUGUUGCUAAUGAUGAUCAUAGUUGUACAUUUGUAUAUUUUGU